AGUGUAAAAACCUGCUCAGCUUUUGAUGUUCUCUCUUCAAUUCGUAGAGUACCGUUGGUCGGAAGAAAAUGACACUGUACUAUGCUGUCUGAAUUCAAUAUUCAUAAGUCUAGAUUUGGUCAAACACCAAUUGAAAAAUACGAAAACAAGAAAAGAAAUUUGCAUUUAAAAUUUGGACUCCCAAGACAUCUCCUCCUUCUUUCUUUAUACUCUCUCUCAAAUUUUCGCGACGUGUUGUAUCAGUUUACAUACACAUACAGCGGUGCAAACGGAUGAUAAGGCUUGACUCUGAUAAUAAUUUCGGGUGUUUCUGGAUUUCACUUUUGAAGAGGUCGGAUUGUGUUUAUUCGACCAAUAACUUUCUUUAUUAUUUAAAGUCUUGGACAUCUUGCUGCAGAGCUAGUUAGUCACUAGGCCUUCGUAAGACUCAGGAAGAGGACCAGUGAAUACUCGAAUUUAAUGUGGUUGGGCAAGACUUGCCUGUGAGAAGACUUGUCUACAUCCAGAGAUAGAACAAGUAAGUGACCCAUGUGCUUGUACACAUUCGAUCAACUCACCGACACUUUCAACCAUUUGUAUAUGUCCUCCUCACUCUCAGCCUGUAUGGAACUGUCAAUUUACCAAUGACCAAGUUGUUUAACAAAUUUGGAUUCCACUAGGUCGGUUCGCUUUACAUGGAGUUGCAAGUUGUGGAAAUUGGUUGAAUCUUGAAAUAGUCCAGUUAACAGGAUUGGAUAUUUAGAGGAGGAGAAUUUUUCUCAUAGUUUUUACUCUUUUAACCAUAAAUACACCAUUUGUUUUAACCAUAAAUACACUAUUAGGGAGGAAAAGUAAUUGGCAGUAGGAAUCUCCUCGUGUGGGUCUUCAUUGAGUUGGCAGAGUGGAAGUAGGUGCAAGUGGAACCAAGAAGAUAAUUAUGAGCUUUUUCGAAAGUAGUUUUGGAAUAACAAUGUGAAAAAAUCCUUCUUAAGUAGCUAUUAUCUCGGAAUAUCUUAAAAGAGAGUUUGGCAAUCAAAACAAAAUGGAGUUAGUAUUUUCCAACCUUAUUUAAUUUUAUGGCUUAGUAAUGUCCAAUGUAUCAUAAACUGUUUAAAAUGGGCAUGCAACUUGAUUUGAAAUACACACCAAACAUCUUUAAUGGACAUUUUAAAUCUAUGAUCAAUUCAAAAUAUUGUUCAAUACUACUGUCCAAAUUUCAGGUGUCUGAGCCCCUUCAUGGAUUCAGAAGAGUUGAAAUAACAUUGUGGUUCCGUCAUGGUUUAUCCAUGGGUCCAGGUUUUAACCAUUUUUAAUGCAGGAAGCCAGCAUUUUUUGGGCAAUAAUUCUAUUUCCAGAAGCAUGUAUCCAGAUCAGAACACUGCAUCUCCAAAAUUGAAACUAGCUGUAUCUUUGAAGGGAACCGCUAAAGAAGGUGCAAUUGGACCACCUCUCGGUCUUAUUGACAUAGGAGAAAGUGAAGGUGGCUAUCUUUUCCGUGUUGCCCUUCCUGGUGUGAAGAGUAGUAACAGUAAUUUGAAGUGUGAUAUACAUUCAGACGGAAGUGUGCGCAUAGAGGGGGUUGUAGCAGAUGCUCAAAUUUUGAAAAAUGAAUCUGAGGAAUUUGAAUUGAAACUACAUCAGCUCUGCCCAGCAGGCCCUUUCACCAUAUCUUUCAAUUUGCCUGGACCAGUGGACCCCAGAUUAUUUUCACCAAGUUUUCAACCAGAUGGUAUACUGGAGGUCGUGGUGCUAAAACAAAGAACUCCUCAUGUUGCAACUGAAGGCGCGUGAUAAUUGGUAUCUUCGCUUGUAGCCACAUUCAUAAGUCUGCUAAGAUUGCUUAAUUUAUUUUUCUUUAGCAAAUUAUACGUUUGCAAGCCUUGCAGUUUCACUAUGCAUUUCUUUGGAAGGAGUUUCAAUCAAAUCAUACUCAUAUUGCUGAUCGUGUUUAAGAGCCUCGUUGGUGGCGUCUUUAAUCUGGUUUAGUAAUCAGGUCUAAUUUAUUUGUACUUGAAAUUCGGUAGUUCAUUAUGUUUAGAAGUUGGCUUUA